AUGGUGCCUGGCAACGGAUUGAGGCUCCUGGAUCGCCUCGGUCUCUACGAUCGGCUAUCGCUCAAGGAAGCACAGUCCACCAAAGGUGUAUUAUACUCCUGCCAAGGCGGAGAGCUUGGGAAACUCAUUUUGGGAUCAUGGAGCGCCGAGAAGACGGCCUACCUGUCCAUGAGGGUCAAGAGGAUGGACUUACAGGAGGUGCGGUGUAGCGGCUCAGACAGAGGAAAUUCCAAUUCACUGCGGCAAACGCCUCUGUUGACACCGCCGACCUGCUCCUGGGGUGCGAUGGGGUCCACUCCAGUGUACGCACGUUGUAUGUCGAUCCACAGCUCUCGCCAGAUUAUUCGGGCAUCUCGACCAUCUACUCGUUUGGUCCCUGUAUCUGCGCGGCCCCCAGAGGACGGGGUGACUAGUUUGACGGGAACUCUGACUCCGCAUGGAAUGUUCGCGAUCAUACCCUGCACAGCGUCUGGAGACACGCUGUUCUGGUAUUUCUCCUACGAAGUCCCCAUGCCGGCCUCGGGAAACAACAGCAGCCGUGACGGUUGGGCAGAGCGUAGCCGAAUGGAGGAGGAAGCUUUCAAGCCCACCUUGCUGCCGAUCCUGAAUGACGUCCAUACCCAGUGGGGCGCUCUUCUGAAGGAGGCGGUCCGAAAGACCGACGUCGUUAAGUUCUACCCCAUCUAA